GCUUGCAACCGAUCAUUUUUCCUCACCAGCGAUCAAUCAACCAAUUAGGUUCUUUUUUUUGUAUCGACACCCUAAUUUCGUAAAGCUCUUCCCUUGUUGUUCCGUGUUGGGUGAUUUAAUCUGGUGUUGGAUUUUGUAAUAAUGUCGAAAAGUUCCUUCAAGCUUGAACAUCCUUUGGAAAGGAGGCAGGCUGAAGCCAGUCGCAUCAGGGAAAAGUACCCGGACAGAAUUCCUGUUAUCGUAGAGAAGGCUGAACGAAGUGACAUUCCUGAUAUUGAUAAAAAGAAGUAUCUCGUCCCUGCUGAUUUAACUGUGGGGCAAUUUGUUUAUGUUGUCCGUAAACGGAUUAAGCUUAGUGCUGAGAAAGCUAUAUUCGUCUUUGUGAAGAACACUCUCCCACCUACUGCCGCUUUGAUGUCUGCAAUCUACGAGGAAAACAAGGACGAAGAUGGGUUUCUUUAUAUGACUUACAGUGGAGAAAACACAUUUGGUUCCCCUUUGCUUUGAGCAUGAUGCAAUAUUAUGUAAAUAGCUAAAAGAAAUGGUGUAAAUUCCUCGACGAUGACUGUUCUUUAACUGUCUGAACUUGGAACUUUAUUUUCUGCAAAUCGAAUGUCUGAAGCGAACUUUGAUUUCCAA